UCAACGUAUCCUUCUUCCAGCUCGAGAAUUCCACUAUGAGAGUAUACUAGGCUUGGUAGCGUAACAAUACACAGAUCACGCUCUCUACAAAGAGAGCAGCUAAGACAGGCUCGGAGAUCAGGAGCCAUUAGAAGAACUUGAAAUGUCGAUAAUAUACAUAGCGUAUAUCAAGGCAGACUUGAAAGUCUACCGGACCACGACCAUCCCCUGAGUUUCGCGCGGUAGACGACAGCUGCAUCGAGCAUCCCACGGAUCAUCAAGUUCUCCUGGCAUCAUUAGAGACCCCAGAAUGGUUCAGCUAGCCUGGGUCACAAACGCCAUGUCGACCUCCUAUUCAGAUUUCCAGAAUGGUUCGAUCUGUAACGCCGGUGCAUUAGUCUUGACCCCUGAUAGACUUUCUCACAGGGCGCACGCAGCAUAUUAUUGCCCGCUGGUAUGCGACAACGCGGCACGUGCAGGCUACUGAUCUGCUCGAGGAGGG